GUGAAGGAGUUGAUGAUGAUUGAUAAGGCUAUGGUUAUUCAAGCUAAAACAAAGACAAUGGAGGCAACUACACUGCACAUGGCUGCAGCCGGCGGGCAUGCAAAUAUAGUUCAAAUUCUUCUUGAGAAUGGUGCAAAUGCCGAGGACGAAAACGCAACUGGUUUGAAUGCACUUCACAUCGCUGCGUACUAUGGGAACUCAGAUUUUGUUAAUGAGAUGUUGAAAAGCGUUCCUGCGUCAAUCCGUUCUGAACCUCCUAUAUACAACCACCAUGUUGUCAAAGAAUUUGCCACUGAGUAUGGCUUCACACCGCUACAUCUUGCCGCUCAAUCAGGUCAUGACUCGCUCGUAAGAAUGCUGCUCAAUCAAGGAGUGCAAGUGGAUGCCACAAGUACCACAAUGAGUGUGAUCCCUUUACAUCUGGCAGCUCAGCAGGGACACAUCGCUGUUGUAGGAAUGCUUCUGUCUCGUUCAACACAACAGCAGCAUGCCAAGGAUUGGCGAGGGCGAACACCUCUUCAUCUUGCUGCUAUGAAUGGGCACUACGAAAUGGUGUCAUUGUUGAUCGCUCAAGGUUCUAAUAUUAAUGUCAUGGAUCAAGUAAGUUCGAUUUGA